AUGAAAAACAGAGCAUUUUACUGAGAGGAAAAUGAAGGGGGGAUGUUUACAAGUUAGUGGAUUAGUAAACAUGAAUAGAGUUACACGUAUGUCUGCAGGUGUGUGCUGUGGAUGUAUGGGUGAGAGUGUGUAUGUUUUUAUAUAUGUCUGGAAUAUCGUCUUGGAGCUGCUAUUCUUUUAAGACUAAAUGGCAGAGCAGUUCAACUCAUGCAAGGCCAUUCUGGAGUAAAGUUCCACCAAGUUUAAAGGUCAUUGAAAGCUCACAGAUAACUAGGUCAGACGAGUAAAGACAUGUCACAGAGAAGCAAAGGAGCCAGUUUAUAGGGAAUAUUCUUAACCAAACCAUACGAUGGAACAGGUCUCUUUCCCUCCAUUGUCCCGGGUUGCUGUCUGUGGUGGUACCCAUGGCAACGAGAUGUCAGGAGUGUAUGUGGUGAGGGAGAUGCAGAGGCAGAAGGUGGAGAAGGUGGGAUCAGCUUCAGUUACCACAGUGAUAUCCAAUCCGCGAGCUGUGGAGGUCUGCAGGAGAUACACAGAUACAGAUCUCAAUCGUUGUUUCACUGAUGAUAUACUGAGCUCCCCGGUGACAGAUGCCAGCCCAUAUGAAGUGGGUCGUGCCCAAGAGCUGAACCUCCAGCUGGGGCCCAAGGGGAGUGCAGAGGCUGUGGACUUGCUUUGUGACCUGCACAACACCACGUCCAACAUGGGCCUCUGUAUCAUCUCCUAUUCCUUCUCUGACUGGGUCUGCCUCCACAUCUACAAGCACAUCCAGAAGAAGAUAACUUCUAUACCUGUGAGGUUAAUCUUGCUGGAUAUACCCCUUUCUGAGGCUUACUCCCAGGAAUCUCUGGGAAAGCAUGGCAUAGCAAUUGAGGUUGGUCCACAGCCACAUGGGGUGGUCAGAGCUGAUAUCUACAAUGCGAUGAAAGAGGCAGUUGAUCAGACACUAGACUGGGUCAAAGAUUUCAACUCAGGAAGUGUCUUUGAAGGGGGUAAAUUGGAGGUGUUCACUUUCAUGAGUGUGGUUGACUACCCAAGACACCCUGAGACAAAUCAAAUCAUGGCAGGUAUCCACCCCCAACUACAGGACAGAGACUUCUGUCUUCUCCAGAAGGGGGACCCGAUUUUUCUGUCGUUUUUGGGGGAAACGGUGCAUUAUGAAGGGGAAGAGCCACUCUAUCCAUUCUUUGUGAACGAAAGAGCAUACUACGAGAAGAAUAUUGCCUUUCGCCUAGCACGGAAGAAAAUGAUAACUAUUCCAUGCUUGCAAGUGAAUAAAGAUUGAGGAAUCUUUCCUUGUCUUAUGUAA